UGGGAACACCCAUUUGGGAACUAUUCCGCCUUACAGGCGGUUGCUAGGCAGCUAGGAGGAGGUUCCGGUGUGGUGUGUGCGUGCUGCGAGUAAGGACCAGCCUGCACCAUGAACAAAGAUGCUCAGAUAAGAGCGGCUAUUAACCAGAAGCUGAUUGAAACAGGAGAGAGGGAACGCCUUAAGGAUCUGUUGAGAGCCAAACUAAUCGAAUGUGGAUGGAGAGACCAACUGAAGGCGCACUGCAAAGAUGUAAUUAAUGACAAAGGCCUAGAACAUGUCACAGUUGAUGAUCUGGUUGCAGAGAUUACUCCCAAAGGCAGAGCCCUGGUGCCUGACAGUGUGAAGAAGGAGCUUCUGCAGAGGAUAAGAGCGUUCCUAGCCCAGCAUGCCAGUCUCUAGCCAACCUUUGUGUCUCGUGUGAUAUAUGUCUUUUGCACAGUUUGUUUUCCAUUACCAUUUUUUUUACAUAAUUUGUAGCAUGUUUUGACAAAAUAAAAUCACACCAAAUUCA